AUGCUGAAGCUUGAGAAGUCCCUUGAACACGAUCGCCUGGGAUCGACCAUGUUCUCCGUUGGCGAUAUCUACAAACGAGUCAAGGACUACAAGCAACGGCUUGGCCUUGUGAAGGGCAAGUUCUACAUUGCCAAGGUUGAUGUACAGGCUGCAUUCGACACGAUUCCACAGCAGGCGAUAAUAGAUCUAAUGGCCUCCGUCCCGACUCACAAACAGUACAAGAUCAUAAAACACGUUGAGGUAAAGCCAAAUGACAGUGGGACAUUGACCGGCGCAGCGACCACCAGAAGGUGGCACUCGUCCGCGAAAGCAGCAAAGGAUGCGUCGCUGUUUGUGGACAUGAUUCGAAAGAGUCUAGCACCUAGCAGGAAGAACACGAUUUUCAUCGACAGUGUGGUGCAGAAGGUCCACCAGUCUAAGGACCUGCUCACGCUGAUGACGCAACACAUCCAACAGAACCUUGUCAAGAUAGGCAAGAAGUACUACAGACAGAAAGACGGCGUCCCGCAAGGCUCUAUCUUAUCCUCGCUUCUAUGCAAUUACUUCUAUGCGGACCUGGAAAGGCACCACCUGGAAUUUCUGCAGUCAAAAGAUUGCCUCCUCCUCCGACUUAUCGAUGACUUUCUGCUUAUCACAACCGACAAGUCUAAGGCGAGCAGAUUUGUCCAGGUCAUGCAUCAGGGAAUGCCCGAAUAUGGCGUGACCGUGAGCCCGCACAAGAGCCUCGUCAACUUCGACCUAGACAUCGACGGGCUCUCAGUGCCUCGACUUCCGGAUGGUAGCACCUCCUUCCCCUACUGUGGCACGCGUCUCAAUUGUCGGACUCUUGAAAUAGCCAAGGACCGUGCGAGCACCAGGGACCCAGUCAUCUCCAACGCUCUGACCGUUGAGUUUGCGCGCCUGCCGGGCCAGAACUUCAAGCGGAAGGUCCUCAACGCCUUCCGGAUCCAGUCGCACCUCAUGUUUUUCGACACGACGCACAACUCUCCGCAGACGACCUUGAAGAAUAUCUAUGAUGCGCUUUACGAGACCGCGACCAAGAUGUGGGCCUAUGCGAAGUGUCUCCCGCGGGAAAGGCAGCCCGGGACGCAGCUGCUAAUACAGACUAUAAGGGAGCUUGUGGACGUGUCAUUCUUGCUGCUCACUAGCAAGUCAAGGAAGGCAAGGUAUCCGGGAUAUGAAUGUACCGUUAAGAAGACGCAGGUGCUCUGGCUCGCCUUGCAUGCUUUCAAGCGGGUCCUGGAGAAGAAGCAAGCGCGUUACCGGGAGUUCCUUGCCUGGCUAGAUGUGGAGAUUCGGAAGUUGGCCGUCAAGAAGGAUGGAUGUGUCAAUAUUACAUUGUAG